CCCACACGGGCCGGCAUGUGCCGCGCCGGCGCGGGCUCCGCGAGGCGGUGCAGGCAGCGGAGCCGGUGCCCCUGCGGCCGGCGGAAGCCGGGUCCCCGACGCCAGGCUCGGAGGCGCCAGGCUCGGAGGCGGCGCAAGGCCCGUGCAUGUCACAGGAGGGCGAGCCCGGAGCGGGCGGUGCAGGAAACCCAGGACAGCAGUAGCUGCUGCGCGUCCCGCGAUGACUGGCGUUGUGCUCGCUCCAUGCACGAGUUCUCAGCCAGGGACAUAGAUGGGCACGUUGUUUGCCUGGACAAGUACAAGGGCUUCGUGUGUAUCGUCACCAACGUGGCCUCCAAAUGAGGCAAAACCGAUGUGAACUAUACUCAGCUUGUCGACCUGCACGCCAGAUAUGCUGAGUGUGGUUUACGGAUCCUGGCCUUCCCUUGCAACCAGUUCGGGAGGCAGGAGCCAGGGGAUAAUCAGGAGAUCAAGGAGUUUGCAGCCACCUAUAACGUCAAAUUCGACAUGUACAGCAAGAUCUGUGUGAAUGGGGACGAUGCCCACCCACUGUGGAAGUGGAUGAAAGUCCAGCCCAAGGGGAGGGGGAUGCUGGGAAAUGCCAUCAAGUGGAACUUCACCAAGUUCCUCAUUGACAAGAAUGGCUGUGUAGUGAAGCGGUAUGGUCCCAUGGAGGAGCCCCUGGUGAUAGAGAAGGACCUGCCCUGUUACCUCUAGUCCCACAAACAUGUGCCCCACCGAGCCCCCAAGCCUGCGCCCUUGGAGCCUUCCCUCCGGCACCCAUGACGGCCUGCCUGCAAACCAGCCUGCUGGUGGGGCAGACCCGAGGACCUGGCGUGCACUCGCCGGAGGAAGGUCCCGUGCCCGUGGGCUCGGGUUCGAGUCCCACCCUGGCUGCCUUGUGGGAAUAAAACAAACGUAGAAAU